UUAUUGGAGAUGACCCCGCGUGACGUCACGCUACUACGGCGUAUUGUGCAACCUCUUUACCCUGGUAACGAAUUCGUCUCGCUCUUAAUAUUGGCGAGGGACGGUCAUAAUUGGAGACGUUUGGUAGAAAGUAGCUCAGUUUGUACGAGCGCUCGGCUUGAUCAUGACGGCACAGCCCACCGUUAGCGGACGGUGCAGCCUGUUGCUCCUGGCCUGGGCUCUAUUGGCCGGGCUAUGGGCUUUGGACGGGGUCGAGGCCCUAAUGCAACCCUGGUGCAGCGUGAUAGACACAGCCUUGGUCGGUUGGAACAUCUCGUCGAAUCGCACCGCGACGCACAAGCUGUGCCACUUGGCCUGCCUGGACACCCCCGGUUGCCAAUCGGCCAACUACUGGUAUCGGAAGAAAGUGUGCGAAUUGAACAGCGUGUCGCACUUGAACGUCUCCGGCCGUCAUUUGGUCGAGAAGGCUGGCUCCGUGUAUACCUUCACCCAACAGGAAUCCGGGUGCAAUCUUCAGUCGUCAGCUGACAGCUGCCUUGAGAAUAAGCCCAAAGCUCCAUGUCCAGCUGAUGAUAUGCAAGACCCAAAGUGGCGACUGGUGUUCAAAGGCGUGGCAGGAACUGGAGUCAGGCUGCAUGACAUGUGGACCUCAAUGAACUGGACCUCGAGUUAUGAGGCGAGUGGUCAUCGCCGUAAUAAUUCCCUCUACCAAGCCUGGCGCAACGGACAGCUGAAUGUCCGACGAGUGAAGCUUUCCCUGUCUAACAGCGCGGGGGUGAGAGCCGAGUUGAUCUUCAAUGGAACCGGCUCCGACAUCAAGAGUUGGUUCACGCAGACCCGCCUGAUUUCAUCUCCCUGGGAUGAUCUCAAAUCGGCUGAGCUUACCGGACAUGAAGGCAGUGGGCGGAUCUUCAGUAUCGACGGUGAUGUUCGAGAACAAAAUCUUCAGCGGCGGUUUUUCAUCAACAACCACUAUGGUGGAUGUGAGGGGGAUAAAGGCUGGCUGGUUGUGACCGAGUCUGACGCGACAGCAAACUGCCCAUGGGAGACAGAGACGGCAGCACAUCCUUACUCAAUCAUACUGUACAGCACAACCAACCACACGGUGUUGUGGAACGAUGUGCGUUCAAACGCUACAGCCGUUGGAAGGGCAGAUAGCCUUACCAUCCACAUCAUGCUGAGUGAUCCGGGAGCGUGUACAUAUGAUUAG